AUGUUAGCCGUAUUUGAGCAAUCCAACAAAACAUUGGACGACUCAAUAUCAAAGAUGACAACAUGUCUGACAUCCCUUGGAGAAGGAAUCGCCUCAAGAAUGCGAAUGCUAGCCUUGGCACUGGCUAAACCACCUGCAAACCCCAGCCCUGCAAUGCCCUAUGCACAACCAAAUUACCCUUCACAGUAUAACAGUUAUGGUAGAUUCAAUAUAUCCCUCCCUAUGACACUCGAAGCAAGCUAUGAAAAUAGAGAUGCAUUCCCCGCUUCCCAUUAUCAACGUAUUGCAAGUGGUCAAGAAAGCUCUAGCCCUUGUGCAACAGGCCCAAUUUUAUCGGCCAGUCAAACCUUG